AUGCCCCCCAAGAGGGGACAACGGCUCAAGCUGGGCAUGCCCCGGUCAGCCGACAACCACACACAGCGCAAGUCGCUUCCAUCCAUGGUGGCGCCUGCCAGUAAUGAAACCAAUCACCAUCCCGCAAGUGCUACUCCAAAGCGCGGUAGGGCUCGCAAGUCCAUGCCGGGCCGGGUCCACGGAGUUGCCACCCCCGAGGAGAAGAAAGAUAGUCCUCGCAACCGCAAUGUAACCCCUCGUGGUCGCGGUCGUGGUCGCGGUGGACGCGGCCGUGGACGUGGACGUGGCCGCGGUUCUUCUCUUUCCACCCCAACGGCUUCGACUCGUCGCGAUGGCCGGCCCACCAGGACCCCUCGGAGCAAGGAGGGAUCCGAUGACUGGAAUCCGGCGACCAAAUCUUCGCCCGAUCACCCUUUCACGCACGACUAUGACGUGGAGUCUCCAUCUAGCGAUGAAAGCUCGCAAUUCUCGACACCUGAAGUGCCUUCGACACGUCGUCGAGGUUUUCAGUCGCGGCCAUCCCGCUUGUCCAACGUUUUCACUCCGACUGUGGAUACGCCCAGCACGAACCAAGGCAGCCGCCGGACUCGUCGCAGGACUACUCUUAACACUCCAAAGAACCAAAUGUCUGGCCAAGAAGCCCCUGACACCAUGGACACCACUCGGUGGACGUAUGAUGACUACAUGUCUGAAUUUGGGUUUGACGGAUCGAUGGAUCUUCCUGAACCCCCAGCAUCUCCGAGCGCUUCAUCGGGCAACACACGGGCUUCUGUGCGUGUUCGAAAGCCUACUCUCAGAGCCAUGGAAGCUUUGCAAUCCCAGAAGAAACCCCGGACCCAUCGUGGUCUCACACUAGCCGCCGAGGAAAAAGCUCCCCCCGAGGAGCCGCCUCGCCGUACGAUAUCCGGUCGGGUGACGAAGAACUCCGCCAAGACUGAGCACACACCUGCUGCGAAAGGUCCCAAGCGCGGUCGAGGUUUGAAGCCCAAGACGGCUCUCCGGCGCCUUGAGAUUGACACUGCUGUGGCCGGUAAGAAGAUGUAUGAAUUAGCCGUGUUUUCUCUUGGCACAGAAUAUCGUGAUCCCCAUAAUCCGAAGCAAUUCCUCGCCGAUAUACGGAAGGAGUUCGAGGAACUCCAGGCGAUGAAGGACAGCGGCGAAGAAGUGGAAGAAGCCGCCCCGAAACAAGAUGUCGUGAUGGCUGACACGGAUGUCAACAACAACAUCAACAUCAACAUCAACAUCAACAGCCAUGAGCGCACUGUUCUGGGCUUCUCCAAGAGAUCCUCUCCGGAAAUUGAGGCUGACGGAUGGGUCAAGACUGGUCGUGUCAACCCUAGCGGUGAAGAAUUCGUUAUUAUGCCUCGCGAUCAUAGCCCCUUCCGCUCGCCUCGUGACUAUGGUGACGAGAGACUGCCAGGCCGACUGCGGUCUCAGCCGAAGGACCAGUUUGAUACCGACGAGGUCUUUGGAUACCCUCCUCGCGUGGGCGAUCGCAACAAACCUGCAGACUUGGAUUCUACAUUCACACAGGAGAACAUUGCGGAGGAGACGUCCAAGAUGAAGACGCGUGGUUCAAAUCGCAAGGCCAAGCCACUUGAGUCCGUCGAGAACAACAAGAUCUCUUCCUCGCGAAAGCGUCGCCGCACUAAACCAGAGGAGAAGGAUGACCACGACGAACCUAAUCCUGCAUCUCCUUCCGCUACGAAUGGGGUCUCCGCACCAAAGCGAAAGAGACGUCGCCACACUGAGCCAGUUCCGACUGCAACGAAGGGAUCUCCCGCUUCCAAGGCUACCAAGGGAUCCGCGGCCAAGAGCGUUGCCAAUGGUACCAAGACAGCUCCGGCCACUCCUUCCGCCAGCGAGGGACCCGAAAAGCCCAAGAUCCAGCGUCUCCGUCUGACCCUGAAGCCCGCCAGCGACGGUCUCUCGUCGACGCCCACUAUGAAGGGUAAGAAGCGCGGCGCGGAAGCGAUCGCCGAUGGUGCUAAAGAGUCGGACACUUCGCCCAAGCGACAACGCGUCACCUUCAAGGCCCACCAGGCCGCCGCGCCCAAGGGCAACUCUCUUACCCCGGCCAAGACCAAGAAACAGGAUCCGGGCACUGAGAAGCUGGAGAAGCCCAAGGCAACGACUCCCAAGGCGACGACUCCCAAGGCGACGACUCCCAGGGCGACGACUUCCAAGCCGGGACCCAAGCCGGGCCCCAAGCCGGGCCCCAAGGGCGCCUCCAAGGGAGGGCCUCCUGGUGCGACGCCUGCGCGACGUGGUGGCCGCCAGGCCAAAUGA